GGUGCUACACACUGGGUACAAGGAAGUGUAGGAAGUUACAUGCUCAGAUAGCGCCUGUCUCCAUAUAGCUACAACUGGAGCAUUUGGGAAAAAAAAUCUCGUCUUCCAUUUGAUCCGAUCUUCUUUAGCUGCGACAGCCGGAGCUUAAGAUGGCAUACCCAGGAUACGGCGGAUAUGGGGGUCCACCACCAGGUGUCCCAGUCCAAGGAAUGUCUAUGCCUGGAGGCCCCAUGGGAGGCCCUAUGGGGGGGGCGGGUCCUGCUGGAUUCCCUAGCUAUGGUGCCUAUCCUGGAAAUUUUGCCCCUCCCCCCGUCAAUGACCCAAUGUUGAGUUAUUUCAGAGCAAUAGCGGGGCAGGAUGGCGAAAUUGAUUCUGAGGAACUUCAGAGGUGCUUGACACAGACCGGAGUCAGUGGGACUUACACUCCAUUUAGUUUGGAGACCUGCAGAAUCAUGAUUUCUAUGCUGGAUGUGGAUAUGACUGGGAAGAUGGGUUUCAAUGAGUUUAAAGAGCUCUUCGCAGCUCUUAAUGGCUGGAAGCAAAAUUUCAUGAUGUUCGAUCAGGAUAGAAGUGGCACCGUGGAGCCUCAUGAGAUGGCUCAGGCCGUCUCCUCCAUGGGUUACAGGAUAAGCCCUAAUACGCUGAGUGGCAUCAUUAAGCGCUAUAGUAAGGGUGGCAGGAUUGCUUUCGACGAUUAUGUGGCCUGCUGCGUUAAGCUGCGGUCUCUCACAGAUGCGUUUAGGAGGAGAGAUGCCAUGCAGCAAGGUGCUGUGAGCUUCCAGUACGAUGAUUUUCUCCAGUGCACAAUGACCAUCUGAAUCACCUGUGGAGGAAUUUGUGUGGAAGCAAGAAUUGACGAAAGGGCAUUUCAGGAUAUUUUAGCUACUCCUUGGUUGCAGAAACAAGAGAGAUUUUUUCCCACAUUGCAGAUCCAGAUUUCAGAAUUUUUAAAUAUUGAUGUAUUAAUAAGCACAUUAAUUGUAAUAAGCGGCUGUGUCACCACCUUGCAUUAUAAUAACAUUGCAUUUGAAAGUGUAAUCUUAGGUUUAGCUUCACCGUACUAAAAUCGGUUAAUUGCAAUGAAAAUGUAAUUGAAAAUGUAAAUAGCAUAUUGAACAGUGUGUAGUAACCUUUGGUGUUAAAAUAGCACACAGGUGUCUGUGUCCAUAACUUUGAAUAUUUCUGCCCAAGACCAUUUGAUCUCCCUUUAAUCCCAGAUUAGUAUCUUCCCAUUAAGGCAGUGGUGAUACAAUGGGUAUUACCUAAAGGUAUGACACUUAAAAGAAGAAUACUCAAUAAAGAAGAUUUUAAAGCCAAAGGUUACUUACUGACUGAACUGCUAGUGUUUCCUGAAUGUGAUGCCCUGCAAGGUUUGCUGAAAUUUUAGUGAUGAAAUUCCUACAUUCUCUUUAACAAAAGCCAAACGUGUCUUUAGUAUCCUGUAACCUGAGUAUAAAAAUCAGCGUAGGUUUGCUCUACAUCCAUGGAUAGUAGUAUGAGAUUUGUGUAAGAUGUAAGCAGGUAAAUGCAAGUGCCAAAGUUAGUCCAGUGGUCGUGUUUACCCAGGAAAUAUUGUAGGUGCAUAAAAGUACAACACUUGGCUGUGUGCACUCAUUUAAAGGAAAAGUCUUCACGAAAACUGUAUGUUUGAAUUCUGUGUGUCGCGCACGUAUGGCAAGUCAAUUUUUGAUGAAUUAUGGCCAUCAUGACAUAAUACUGUCAUGAAAUGUGUGUCUUCUGCCAACACAGGCUGCUGUGGCAUUUUUGUAGCAUAAUCAGUUAGUGCUAAUAAUUAUUUGCUUCAAAAUUUAAGCCAUAAAUUGACACGUCUCAUUUUGACGGAAGAUUUCCGUGCCCCACACGCACACAUACAUGUUGAAGUAGUUCAUAUGCAUUAUAAGGAAAUAUUUCAUCCGUUGCAUCGACUGAUGUCUGACAUUUCACUGAUGUCUCUUAAGCUAAAUAGUAUUAAGAUUAAUUGCCAACAGUGCAUUGUUUCAUUGAAAUUGGACAAUUUUUAGAGAUUAAUAUAGGAUCUUCUGUCAGAUGUGUGCUUUGCUCUGUCCCUGUAUGUUUCUUUUGAUUAUACAAAAUAUUAAAAGUCCUUUUGUAUUUGCCAA